AUGUUUCUGUCCCAGGCCGACUUGAAGCGGCCCCACGCCGCCCACAUGCCCACACCGGCCCAGAUGGCUGCUGUGUUCAAGAAACCUCGAAUACUGGGUGAAUCUGCCAAUUCUCCAGCUGCUACACCCGCCAGCCUUCCACACAUCCUGCAACCGCUGCUGCUGUUGACUCAGUGCGUUCCUGCCAAUAUCUACCCCGUGGUGUCGGAACCUUUUGCUGUGUCGGACUUCUUUGUUGAUGUGGAAACAAACCACUCGCAGAAGUAUUCCGAUCAGAUGAAACUGGUGUUGGCCAAGUUCCCGCCGCCCAUAGCCCCGGCUAAAAGUUCAAAUUUGCCCUAUAAUGGUGUGGGUAUCAUGGUCCCUUUUGUGUACCCACCCAUCCCCGUGCUUCGACCUGAAGCAUACUUGGCAGAUCCUCCCAUCACCAAGAAACGAGGCAGAAAAUCCGCAUCGCAGCUCUUGGCCAUCGCUAACGCCAACCUGUCUUCGCAUUUGGGGGUCGAAAAUGUAGACUUUCAUCCAGUCAUGGCACCGCUCCCGUUUCCACCGCCAAACUACAUGUCGUACCCAUUGAUCUCGGAUCAGUCCACACUUACACCCAAUGAGGUGUUUUCAAGCUGGAUCGCUGCUCUGGAACAUUUACCACGAAGUGAUAUGGUUGUCGCUAGUGCAGCAGGCUCGAUUUUUGAUCUUCGAGCUCAAGCUGAAGCCGAUGGUUUAACUGUUGCCAAGUUAGACCGUAUCGUGCAGCUCAGUCGCCAUGAGUCCGAUCCAGAGGCUGAAGAUGACCGCAGCGACUCUGAGGAGCUGAUUCUGGACUCAGGCUACGAGGAGUAUGCCGAAUAUGCCGACCAAGUGGACAUUUCCACUGCUUAUGACCCACAUGCACAGAAUAAGCACAUUGGCAAGGUGGUAGUGGAUCUGCCCAUUAAAACCGACUUUGUUCAAGUGUCUCCUUUGGUUUCCAGCCAGGGCAGGACCUUGGCUAAGCGCCCGGCUGCGUCGUUCGAGUACUCGGACAGAGAUAUCGAAGAGCAGACCGAGUUUGCCAUGCCUGAGACUGUUGUCACCAAUGGAGCUCGUGACAUCACAAAUGCUGUGGGAGCACAGAAGGAGAGACGUAGACAGGAACUUCUGCAGUCUGUCAGAGAGAUUGAAGAUUUUGCAUCAGCCAACAGAGACGAAAUAUAUGCAUCCAAGAAGUUGGCAUUGCUUGCGAGAUUGCGCACGCUUCAGCAGUCCAAGAUUUCAUUCGAUGAUUCAAAAACGCUGACAGAUGACCGAGAACUUGACUACUACCUCACAGAGUUGCAGGCUCGUAGGGAUAUGGAUCUUCUCCGGUUGAAAAUGUAUCACACAUACGAAAAACUCAAAUGCGCAUAUGCCUUCUACCACACAUCCAACAAGGCAUACAAGAACAUGAACUUUCUGAUGAUCAACAAACUUCAAAAGCUCCGAAACUUCUUCGAGUAUCAGAGACAGGUUUUCCACGAUGCAACCAACCUGAAAAACGAGAGUGACGUGUUCAAUAUACGGAGCAAGGAGAGCGCCAAAACGUACAAUGGAUUCACCGAGAACGACUAUCUGGGUGCAAUCAAGGAGAUCUUCCGUGAAUCGGUGGUGAACGAAGACAAGGGACUCCCACUAGACUCGCACCCCAACUUUGAUAGUGCCCAGUAUUCUAAGGUGUUCACUGACAGAGAGCAUCAAGCUAAUGUUCAUGAUAUGAUGCCAUUAGUCACGGAAGAAGAGUUCAAGUUAAUUGUAGGAGAUGCACCGCAGAAAGCUGGACCCACCAAAGAUGCCAAUGGCAAGACUAAGAGUGCACGGCACCCAAUUUUCCAAAGUCUGCUUUACGAUCCAGUGACUUCUGGGUCUGACACAAAUGGGUCAGAUGGAGGAGCGCCGACAUUCAAGCGGAGACCGGGCCGGAGGGCAGCACCCAAGCCAGUAUUUGGGGAUUCUACUGCCAAACAGAAUACUGAGGCUGCACUUGUUGCAAAGAUCAUGAAGCAGUUUAUUGGUCCGGCUGCAGCCUCUGCAGAUGAAUUGAGCAACGACCUUGAACUCAUUGGAAUCGAAACAAGAUGGCCUGUCAAGUAG